GCUCGUUCGGCAUGUUUGUUUUGGUUAUUUUGACACGUAAACAAAACAGUGCUGUCAGCGCCUCUAACGGCAGUAUAACAGUUUGCCGGAAUUCAAGAUGUCAAAAGGCAAGGAGCGCGAUAUCGUGAAGAUUAUCUUCCAGAACUUCCUAAAGUCCAUUCGGCCGCGCAAAUUCAAGGGUGAGCUGAUCGGCGAGGACACCUUCGGCAAUAAGUUCUACGAAAUCGCGGCGGAUCCGGUAAAUGGACGCAGAAAGAGAGCGAGAUACUUUGAGCCCAUGGAGAAGGAGGCUUUCGACCAGGAAAUGUCUGCAGAGUGGGAAGCUUGGCUUCGCGGAAGACGUCAAGAGGCGCCAACUCCCGAGGAAUUGCUGCAGAACCUUGCCAUCGCUCAGAUAAAGCAAAGGAACGCCGCAUUGGUGGAAGAAUCACGAGGCAAAGGGAAGGAUGUGCAGCUUCUGAACAAUGAAGAGAAGGGCAUGAGAUCAUUUCCUUCUUACGGUGAUGAGUAUGAGUUCUCAGCAGGUGUAUCACCGCCCAAGGACAAGAAGUAACUGCUAAGAUCUGUAGAUAAAUUGUAAAUAUAUAGGAUUUGUUGCGGAUUUUAGCAAUUUUUCCAAA